UACAAUAAUAAUAAUAAUACUCCUACUGCACCAUUUCUUUGACUAUUGACAUUCAUAGACCCUUUCUUCUUCUUCUUCUUCUUUUGCUUUUCAUUUUCGUUUUCGCUUUUCAUAACUACAAAUUCCACUUCUUGUUUGUUUCAUGAUCAAUUGAAGAACAACAACAACAAUCCAAUCAUCACACGAACAUGUCAAACAAGAAGAAGGUACUGUCUGUAGAAGAUGUGAUAAAAUCCGUUGGAUUAGGUUUCGAUCUCACCAACGAUCUCAAGCUCAAAUCCUGCAAAUAUAACUCCAAAUUGAUUGCUAUUGAUCACCAGAAUCUCCGUACGGUUCAACUUCCCGGUCGCGUUUCAAUUCCCAAUGUCCCCAAAUCCAUCAAUUGCGAUAAAGGCGACCGGAUGAGAUUGUCUUCUGAUGUUCUCUCUUUUCAGCAGAUGUCGGAGAAGUUCAACCAGGAGGUGUCGUUGUCGGGGAAGAUUCCGACGGGCCAUUUCAAUUCUGCGUUUCAGUUUUCAGGAGUUUGGCAAAGAGAUGCUGCCAAUACCAAGAGUCUUGCAUUUGAUGGUGUCUCCGUUACACUUUACAACAUAGCACUUGAUAAAGCGCAUGUAGUUCUGAGUGAUCAUGUCAAACGAGAUGUUCCUUCGUCAUGGGAUCCCGCUGCAUUGGCUAGGUUCAUUGAGAAAUAUGGAACCCAUGCUGUAGUCGGGGUGAAAAUAGGGGGAACCGAUAUAAUUUAUGCUAAGCAGCUGUAUUCGUCUCCUCUACAACCUUCUGAUGUACAGAAAAAAUUGAAGGACUUGGCAGACGAAUUCUUCCUCAACCAGGCUGGACAAUAUAACAAUAAUGAUGGGACAUUUAAUAAGAAAGAAAAGUUUAUGAAGGACACCGGACUAGGAUUCCUGGAUAUUCAAGCUCAGUCCUACCAUGAAUCAGAGGUUCAGGAUAUCAAGUUUAUGUGCAAAAGGAAAGGUGGAAAUGGGAGGAACAAUUUAAAACAUAAUGAGUGGUGCCAAACCGUUUUGUCUCAACCUGAUGUAAUAUCAAUGUCAUUCAUACCAAUUACAUCUCUACUUGGUGGAAUAAAUGGGAGCGGAUAUUUAACCCAUGCCAUAAAUCUCUAUUUAAGAUAUAAACCAACAAUUGAAGAACUGCAUCAAUUUUUGGAGUUCCAGCUUCCAAGGCAAUGGGCCCCUGUAUUUGGUGAGCUUGUCCUUGGUCCUGAUAGGAAGUCGCAUACUUCUUCAUCUUUACAGUUCAGUUUCAUGGGUCCUAAGCUCUAUGUGAACACAACAUCGGUUGAUGUAGGAAUGAAGCCCGUGACAGGCCUUCGAUUGCAUUUGGAAGGAAAGAAAAGUAAUUGUUUGGCAAUCCAUUUACAGCACCUCUCCUCCCUCCCCAAGACAUUCCAACUUGAAGGAGAGACUAAUGGAAAUGUAUCCUAUGCCUCUUCAGAACGCAGGUAUUACGAAAAGGUUCAGUGGAAGAGUUUCUCUCAUAUUUGCACGGCUCCUGUAGAAUCCUACGAUGACAAUUCUGUUGUGACUGGUGCUCACUUCGAAGUGGGAGAAGCUGGUCUAAAGAAAGUUCUCUUCUUAAGACUUCAUUUCUCUAAAGUUGCCAAUGCAAGACAAGUGAAAGCACCUGAAUGGGAUGGUUCGCCUGGCUUGACUCAGAAAUCCGGAAUGAUCUCAACUUUCAUCAGCACUCGGUUUUCAGGUCCACAAAAACUGCCACCGCCACAGCCAUCAGACGUAAAUGUCAAUUCUGCUUUAUACCCUGGAGGUCCUCCUGUACCUGCUCAAUCACCUAAACUUCUGAAGUUUGUUGACACAACAGAAAUGACAAGAGGACCACAAGAUUUGCCUGGCUACUGGGUUGUGUCCGGGGCAAGGCUUUACGUGGAGAAGGGUAAAAUAUCGCUUAAAGUAAAAUAUUCUCUUUUAACCGUGAUUUUACCAGAUGAAGAGACGGGGAGUUAUUGAAAGUAUCAAAUGCGAAAGAGGUGGAAGAAUGAAGAUGAAUUUUUUUCCGGUCAAGUAGCUCAAUGAGAUGUGCAUGUGUACAUAAUAGUGUCUGAUUCUUUUCUGUUGUACAUUUUCUCUAUUCAUUAUAGGUGUUACUAUUUGAUGUUGUCAUUAUUAUUUGUGUAUGUAUGCAUGUAUACCUACACAACAGAUCGUUUGGGAGAAUUCUUUGAUGUGGUGUUGAGAAAAGUUUGUGUAACACCUUAGUCUUUUUGUCGGAAUGUUUUUGAAUGUGUUUCUGCGUUA